ACAAAAUAGAAUUCUGCCCCGCCUCCUCAUAUAUAUUUGAUUGAAUUAAUGAAAUUCUUUAUUUGUUUACUCAUUUUUCCUCCAUAUGUCAUAGACAGACGGCUAUGGAUCACCAGCUUGGGAGGUUGCCUGCCUAUCACUCUUUGAAGAGAUUCGGGUUGGAGAUUGAGAGCGAGGGUGCUCCUUCAGCCAUGACACAACAACAUCUUGACCACACUCUUUCACCAAACUCUGAUCGUGUGAUCAAUUACAUUAACAAGGUACUACUAGAGCAGGACAUUGACGCAAAUAAUGAUGACUUGUUCUGUGAUCAUAUUGCGCUAAGAGCCGCUGAGAAUUAUUUCUAUGAAGCAUUGGGCGAGAACCCCUCAUUUGAGAGCAGAGACGAAAGUCGAGAAGACAUCUUAGUUGGGACUUCCACUUGUGAUUCUAAUCCCGGAGAGUGUAAACCAUACGGCACAAGUGAUCCUCCUCAUGUUCAUCCACUCGUCUUCACCACCUCAUCAAGCUAACUUGGAUGGGUUAAAUAGUUCUAUAUAUAGCUCGGACGAGAGUGCUAAUUUGGUUCCACAUUUAUUUUUUGAUGACCAAAUUGCAUCCAUUUUACCAUUUCAGAGAGGCGUGGAGGAAUCUAGAAGAUUCUUUGGCGCCAUUAAUCCGAUGGUCAUCCAUCUUGAUAACAAAUACUUGAUGCAACCGGAAAUGACCAAGGAAUUGAUUAUUGGUAGUGCGGUGAGUACAGAGAGGGAGGAUCAUAGAGUUGGUGCUUGUAAGGGAAGGAAACAUGACCGUCCAAGUGAAAACAAAGAUGAGGAAAGGAGCUGGAAGCAAAGUGCAACUUACGAGGAGGAAGUUGAGUUAUCAAAGGUGUUUGAUAAAGUUUUGUUGUGUUGAUGAUAGUGAUAAUUUCCCACAAGUUGGAGUGUGCAAACGGAAAGGAAGAAAUGGUGGCAAGAGUUGUUCAAAUAAACGAGGAAAUGGUUAUUAAAAUGUGGAUGUGGUGCUCAAAUGUGCCAAAUCUAUUGGGGUUGCCGAUUACAACACAGCUGUAGAACAACUAAAGGAGAUUAGGCAGUACUCUUCGCCUGACGGGAAUGCAAAUCAAAGGUUGGGACAUACAUACAUUUGCUAAUGGUCUUGAGGCACGGUUGGGUGGAACUUGGUCACAACUUUAUCCUUCAUCAUCAUUUCGCAAUGAAAUCACAGUUUCUGAAUUUCAAAAGUCUCACAUGUCAUCAUCUAUGCCAUUUAUGAGGAUAAUAAUCUUCUGUGCGAACAAAAUGAUUUAUCAAGAGGCAAAUCAUUGCACGUUAUAGAUUUUUGUAUUCUUUAUGGUAUCCAAUGACCCACUCUUAUUCGGGAUCUUUCACAAAGACCCGGUGGCCCUCCAAAACUUCGCAUAACAGGGAUUGACCUUCCCCAACCUGGUUUUCGUCCAUCGCAAAUGGUAGUCGAGACUAGUUAUUGCUUGGCUAGAUAUUGCGAGAGUUUUGGUGUGCCAUUUGAAUACAAUGCCAUAACAGCAACAAAUUGGGAGGAAUUAAGAUUAGUGACUUGAAGCUCCAGAGGGGUGAGGUAGUUGCUGUUAACUCUAUUGAUCGAUUCAAACUCAUACUAGAUGAGACAGUAUAUGUUGAGGACAACCCCAGGGAUGCUGUUUUAAAGUUAAUUCGUGACGCAAAUUUUUGUGCAUUCAGUGCUUAGUUCAUCUCACACCUCUCCUUUCUUCGUCAGUCGGUUCCGAGAGGUUCUCUACUUCUACUCUGAUGCCUUUGAUAUGUUUGCAACUUUUUUCCCAAACCAUGAUACUCAUAGGUUGAAUUAUGAACAAUCAUUGAUGGGCCCUAUAAUAGGAAAUGUUAUAGCAUGCAAGGGAAGGGAAAGAUUUGAGAGGCCCGAAACAUACAAACAAUGGCAAACUCGCACUAUGAGGACUGGGUUCAAUCCUCUACCUCUCAACCCUAAACUUAUGAGAAAGUUAAGAGCCAAGGCAAUGGAAGCAUGUUACAAAGACAUUUUAUUUUCUGAAGAUGGCCCUUGGGUGUUGCAGGGAUGGAAAGGCCGGGUUAUGUUUGCCACAUCUGCCUGGGUCACUCGCAUGCGGUAAUCAUAAGAUACCUAAAUGAACGUUGCACCUAAGAAGCCUCAAAACCACCCACAUCUCAUGUCCUAUAAUUUUCGGAAAUUUAGACACUUUAAAUUCCCAUUUCAUGAUUAUUGUUUCCUUAUUAAUUAGCAAUUUUAAUUCUCAUUUUUAAUUCUCGUAUAGUAGUUGAACGUGCAAUGGUUUGUUGUCAUUGCGCGGCUGCGCCUAGCUCUUGAGAUGUUCUAUCUAAACUAAUUUGUCAUAUUUUUUCAUGAUUUCUUGCUCAUUAUUGUUGUCUUAAACAACUACGAGU